GGAGAGGGGGCGUGUGUCGUCACCAAACCACGUGUCCCGCGCUGAUAGUAUAUCUUAUGCUGAGGGGGAAAGUAAUCUAUCAGACAGUCCACCUCUUUUUUUAAAAGCUCCGGCCUCUUAAAAAGCAGCAUGUGUCAUCUCGACUCGGCUCUCCAGAUUUCGCUCCGGUAGGAACUAUUACGCACGGAAGAAGAAGAAAAAGGACGUCGGAGCGCACGAACGUCUCCAAACCCAAAACCCAAAGGCAAAGAAAAGACGCGCGGCUCCACGCAGGCCCUGCUCACUUACCGAGUGGAGAAUUAUAUGAGUUAAAGUUGCUUUUUUGUGUGUGUGACUCGACCGGCUGGCUGCCCGGUGACAUCCGAUCCCUUGACGGGGGUGCGAGAGCAGAGAAAGUCUAGCAGUGUGUGUGUGUGUGUGUGUGUGUGUGUGUGUGUGUGUGUGUGUGUGUGUGUGUGUGUGCGCGCGCGCGCACUGACCAUCACGCACACCCACUCCGCGGCUGUUUGUUUGUUUUUUGGCUCCAGAGAAUCCACACAAAAAAAAAAAGUUUAAAAGAAAGAAGAAGAAGUAUUCUAGCCGUGAGAUGACCCUGUCUGGAGGCAGCGAAAGAGCCAGCGACAUGUCCGGCCACACGGUGCUCACGGCGGAGGACGUGGACAUCGACGUGGUGGGCGAGGGAGACGAGGAGGGCGGCAUGGAGACGGUGGACAGCGACUGCGACAGUCCGGUGCACGGGGGAGGCAUGCUGCUGCGCGACGACGACGAGGUGGAGGAUGACAUCGAGGUGGAGGAGAAGGAGGAAGAGGAGGAGGAGGCGAGGUCCGGUGGAGGGAGUCCGUGCUGCGAGAGCUCCGGGGAGGGAGACGCGGGCACCGGAAAGGGAGGUCAAGACCAGAGCACGACGGGAGGAGGCGGGAUCCAGAAGCCCAAGAACAGCCUGGUGAAGCCGCCGUACUCCUACAUCGCGCUCAUCACCAUGUCCAUCCUCCAGAGCCCGCAGAAGAAGCUCACCCUCAGCGGCAUCUGCGAGUUCAUCAGCAGCCGCUUCCCGUACUACCGGGAGAAGUUCCCGGCGUGGCAAAACUCCAUCCGCCACAACUUGUCCCUGAACGACUGCUUUGUGAAAAUCCCCCGGGAACCGGGCAACCCCGGCAAGGGCAACUACUGGACCCUGGACCCGGCGUCGGAGGACAUGUUCGACAACGGCAGCUUCCUGAGGAGGAGGAAACGGUUCAAGAGGGUCCAACCGGACAUGCUCCGGGACCACACCGCGCUCAUGAUGCAGAGCUUCGGUGCGUACACACUCGGGGUCCCCUACGGGAGGCACUACGGGAUCCACCCUGCGUAUACCCACCCGGCGGCUUUGCAGUACCCGUACAUCCCCCCGGUGGGACACAUGCUGCCCCCGGGCAUCCCUCUCCUGUCCUCCGCGGAGCUGAACCGGAAAGCGUUCAACUCCCAGCUCAGCCCGAGUCUCCAGAUGCAGCUCAACAGUCUGAGCACGGCGUCCAUGAUCAAGUCAGAGCCGUCGAUCCGACCGUCGUUCAGCAUCGAGAACAUCAUCGGGGUGUCCAACGCGUCCUCGGUGUCACCGGGCGCCGCUGCUUUCCUGCGGCCUCCGGUGACGGUUCAGUCGGCCCUGCUGAGCGCGCAGUCCCUCUCCCUGACCCGGAGCUCGGCCGCUAUCGCCCCGAUGCUCAGCGUGCCGUCAAAUAUGAUCUCUGGACACGUUUUACCGGCACCGGCAGCGGCGGUGUCCAAGUGGCCGUCACAUUGACUUCACGGCGCGAGAAAAUGAACUCUUAUUUUUUUGAUAUAGAGACGUUAUUAUAAUAAUGGGGGGGGGGGGGGGGACAGCACAAAUCAAUAGGCAACUCUGGACUCCAUGUGUAGACUGAGAAAAAAAAGGAAAGAAAAAAGGAGAUAUUUAUGUACAGGUAAUAUUUGUAAAUAUUUGUAAGAAAAAAAAAAGAAGAAAAAAAAAGAAAUGAUUUUACCUGUCUUUUCUUCCCAUUUGUUCCUGUUUUUUGGGGAUCUGUGAUGAUUAUUUUAAAUUUGUUCUUUUUUGUAUCGGGGAGCUCUGGACUCUGUUUUUUGUCUUCCUUUUUCAUAUAAGAGUGAAAAGCUCUGGAAAAAAAGUAGUCUGUUUAUAAUAAUAAUAAUACAAAAAUCAAAUAUAUGUAAUUCUAUGUAGCUAUAUUGUUGUUGUAAACUGAAUUUAUUUGUAAAUAAAUCGAAGAAAGAAUUAAAUCUUUUUU